ACUUGUUCAAACUCUACCUCUGUACUGCGCUGGCAAACCCCAGCUUUCGUUGUGGUGAGGCUCGCUUCGGCUCACCCUGCCGACGAUCAGACGGCCUGGUAGGCUGGUCACAUCAUAUUGCCUUCAAAUGAGCAACAAUGAGGAAUUCGGUUCAAAAAGGAAAGUAGCUCUCAGAGUCCUUAUCCCACCAAUGAAUCGCUACGAUGGUACUCGGGCUGCUGUCAGCCCGCCCAGUAUUUAUCUCAUGGCUGUAAACGCAAAUGCUGGCACAUCUCCCGCGAUACCCAAGCUGGGGCUUCUCGACGUCUGUGGCGGACGCCGAACAAGUUGUUGAGGGGAUAUAAUACCCUCCCUGCUGCCGCGAAUCUUUCCAGGACAUUCUCAUCUUCCUUUGCUGUCGUCAUGUCGAAGGAAAAAUAUCCCGAUGAUAUACAGGACGUCGAGGGGAGCGAGCUGCGAAAUGUCGAUGCCAACCCAAUCAAGAGUACACCAUGGUGGAAGCUAGGUGGGAAAGACGUUAGCUUUGUUUCCGUUAAUGCUGGAUAUGCAAGAGGCGCAGUUUCAACGUCGAGCUCAGAUACGAAGCUUGACACUGCCGAAAAUUUGGGCCAACAUGUUUGGGAAACUGAAGAUGCGAAAGAAAUCUACAAGCCCAUUAAAGGUUAUGAAGGCGCCCAUCGGUUCGAUCCCUCUUUUCAGUGGGAUCCAGCAGAGGAGAAGGCACUUGUCAGAACUCUCGAUUGGCGCAUCGCGUUACCAGCUUGCAUUAUGUUUUUUGCCCUUCAACUUGAUCGUGGCAAUAUCACUCAAGCCCUAUCCGAUACUAUGCUGAAGGACCUCAAACUCACAACUAACGACUACAACAACGGCCAGACAAUCUUCUAUUGCUCGUUUUUGUUUGCAGAACUCCCCUCUCAGCUCAUCAGCAAGAAGCUGGGACCCGAUGUUUGGAUUCCAAUUCAAAUGGUAGCAUGGAGCAUAGUGGCCGCUAGCCAAGCACGUCUGGAUGGUCGUACAACGUUCUACAUCACCCGCUUCCUCCUGGGCUUGAUCGAAGGAGGUUUCAUUCCGGAUGUCAUCCUGUACCUGUCAUACUACUACAAGAAUGCCGAGCUCCCCAAACGUUUGUCCUGGUUCUGGACUGCGUACCAGGCCACUUCCAUCGUUGGCGCCUUUCUCGCGUUUGGAAUCCUCCACCUCCGCCAGCACACAGCUCUUGGAGCAGGGUGGCGCUACCUCUUCGCCAUCGAGGGAGCCCUAACAGGGCUCAUCGGCAUUCUUACCUGGCUCUACCUCCCUGCAUCACCGACCCAGACCAGCAGGAAGGGCCUCAAAGGCGCUCUCCGCCCCAAACGCGGCUGGUUCACCGAGCGCGAAGAAUACAUCCUCGUCACCCGAAUCCUCCUCGACGACCCCGGAAAAGCCACCAUGCACAACCGCCAAGGCCUCUCCUUCCGCGCCCUCUGGAGCUCCCUGACCGACUUCGACAUGUGGCCCAUCUACCUCCUCGGCCUCACCUGGCAGGUGCCCAUGACGCCGGAGACGACCUACAUCACCCUGACCUGCAAAGCCCUCGGCUUCAACACCUUCCAGACCAACCUGCUGACGAUCCCGGCGUACGCGCUGUUCAUCCUGCAGCUGCUGUUCUGGACGUGGGUCUCGGAGAAGCUGAACCAGCGCAUGCUCAUCGGCCUGAUUUCGCAGAUCUGGGUGCUCCCGCUGCUCGUCGCCCUCGAGACCCUGCCGCCCGUCUUCGCGGGCUCCAACUGGGCCAAAUGGACCAUCACCACUUUGAUCAUCGGCUACCCCUACGCACAUGCGGUCCUGGUGGCGCUCGCCUCGCGCAACGCGGGCACGGUGCGCACGCGCACCGUCGCGUCCUCGCUGUACAACAUGGGCGUGCAGACGUCGAAUAUCAUCUCGAGCCAGAUCUACCGCACGGACGACAAGCCGUACUACUACAGAGGCAACAAGGUGCUGCUGGGGCUGGUGGCGUGGAAUUUCGUGCUGUUCGUGGCGUCGAAGGCGUAUUAUGUGUGGCGGAAUAAUAUCAGGGAUGAGAAGUGGAAUGGGAUGUCCAGAGAGGAGCGGUUGCAUUACCUCAAUACGACGCAGGAUAAGGGGAAUAAGAGGCUUGAUUUCCGGUUUGCGAGUUGAGCGUGGCGUUGCUUCGAAGGGUUUGGGAGGACUGACGAGACUCUGCGUGGAGGUGGUGAGGGAUGAAGGAGAGCCGAGAAUUGGACGCUGUGAUGAGGGCGUCCUGCUGCUGUUUGUGCCUUGGGAGCCGCUUGGUUAUGUGCGGGAGGAGGGUGGCGAGCAUAUUGUAGUGGCGUCACUUAAUGAUAACGAGAUGAAAUGCCUGGAAAGGGCUUGAGUCUUUUUGUAGAAGAUGAUGCCUUUUAUGGCGGCGUUUGCGCUUGUUACGGCGGGAUUGUGACAAAGAGAUUUAGAACCAGUAG